AUUGCCUUCAAUGUACUCAUCUCAUCAUCGCUGUGUUAAGUCUCCGGUUUUCACAGCUGGUUCCUAAUAAGGUGUUUAAUAAUUCAAUCGUUUUCGCUAUCAGUUAGGCAGUAAUUAAGCGACAAAGAGGACAGUCGUAUCAAAAUUGUUUGAAUAAAAAAAAUUGUGCCUGGAAAUCGAUGGUCAGUUACCGUUAUUGUCGAUUAAUUUACUGAAAAAUGACGUCGAUGGAAUCGACAGUCGAUAAAAAAACUAUUGACUUAGACAAAAUAUUCAUUGAAAUCGGAGACUUCGGUCUAUUUCAAAUGUUUAUGUACGCAGUUAUUUGUGUGCCAGUUCUAUUAAUUUCGUGGUUCACUUUUGAAUUUGUGUUCACUGCUGGAAGCCUUGAAUAUAGGUGCAAUAUACCGGAAUGUGAUUCUCCUCCACACGAUGAUUAUUUGCCCAAAUGGACUCGUUUCGCAAUACCUCACAGCCAUAACGUACCAGCGAAAUGUUUGCGAUAUAAUUCGAUUCCAUUCGAUAGUCAUUUUAAAAGCGCAGCAAAUCAUUGUGACGAGAUGCUUUUCAAUGAUUCGUAUUCGGUUUCUUGCACCGAAUUUGUCUAUAAAACCGAUGAAGUGACUGUUUUGAAAGAGUUUAAUUUGACCUGUGAGGCAAAUGAAUGGAAAUUGGCAAUUGUCGGAACGGUGAAAAAUGUUGCGGAACUGUUGAUGCUUCCAUUUUAUGGAAUGUUAUCGGAUAGAUAUGGCCGAAGAACGUUACUUAUCUAUUCCCUGUCACUUUGUGGUGUGUUCGGAGUAAUAAUGGCCUUUUCAACGAGUUACUGGUUCUUUCUGUUAUUGGAAUUUAUAACCGGAUUGUUUGCGUCCGGCAUCUACAACGUUCUAUUCGUUCUCGGACUGGAAAUGGUGAGCCCGAGGAAACGCGUACUCGGUGGGUCGUUAAUUGCCUUUUUGUACUCAACUGGUCAAGUACUACUCGGUGUCAUUGCAAUGAAUACGUUACAUUUCCGAAAGCUUUUGUUGGCGCUCUAUUUGCCAACGUUUGUCGUGUUGAUGUACAUAUGGACAAUACCGGAGAGUGUAAGAUGGUUGCUGAACAAAGGUCGGCGCAAAGACGCUUCAGAAAUUAUACUCCGGGCAGCCCGGAUAAAUGGGAAAGUUUUAUCGGAAACAACAAUUGAGGCUUUGUGCUAUCAUACUCCACCGGCCGAGGACAUCGGCGUUGAAGAUGCGAACACAUUUAAGAUGGUCAUAAAAUCGCCGCCGAUCUUCAAACGAUUGCUUGCUUGCUGCUUUUGCUGGUUUAGUACGGCCUUAGUCUACUACGGAUUGAGCAUUUUGUCGGUGAAUCUUCACGGGAAUAAAUUUAUUAAUUUCAUUAUGUUCAGUCUGGCCGAAUAUCCACCGAUCAUCAUUACGUAUUUCUUUCUCGACAAACUCGGACGCAAAUAUUUAUUGGGCGGUUCAUUGCUGGUUAGUGGACUGACAUGCAUCCUGCCAGUUUUAUUCAUAUCGGGUCGCAAAAACGUUUGGCGCCUAUUUCUGUUGGGCUCGAGUAAAUGCUCUGCGACGAUAGCAUUCACCAUCCUAUAUGUCUACACCUGCGAACUGUUCCCAACCAAUUUAAGACAGAGCACCAUGAGUUUGUGUUCGAUUUUUGGUUCUAUUGGAGCGAUGGCAGCACCACAAACACCACUAUUGAUGAAAUAUGUGGCAUCGCUGCCGUUUGCGUUUUUCAGUGUGUUGACAAUCAUUUCCGGAACAUUGGUGGCGUUUCUGCCGGAGACUGCUAAUAAAAAGUUACCCGAGACGACCAAAGAAUUGUAAAGAAAAUAGAGAUUUAAGAAUAUAGGCGAUAGAGGAGCGUAGCGUGUCUUUAUCUUCGCACCUCCAGAGCCAUAUAUUCCUGCAAACAUUUUCGCAGUUUUCUCUAAAAAGUCGUAAAAAUAUAAGGAGAUUCCGGAAGCUUUUUUUACGAAUAAAUGC